AUGGCUACAACCACCAAGCAUGAUCUUCUCAACCUUCUACAAGAAAUAUUUAACGUCCCAUGCAUCUCGGUCUCUUCAGCCCCCCUUGCGGCCGCUCUAUCUGCUUCCAGCGGUUCAAACGAUAAAAUAAACGAAGAUCAAACUCCUGACCUCCUUCUCUCCGAUGCCCGCACAGCUUCUAUGCCACAACUUGUUGAAUUCAUUCUUCAAAUUCUUCUAACACGGCCGCCAUUCACACACAAAUCACCGGAGCUCCUGAUACAACAACGUUCCAAGUUCUUUCAAAUUUGGAAUAGAGAUCAUACGGAUGGGUCAAUCAGUGGUGAAAACGAAGACGAACAGAGACUUCCACCCCAAAAAAGCUUGCACAUUCUCGCAGAAAUUCGAAUGAGCUUUCAAAGACUUACAGAAGGUGGCUUUCAAUUCGUGUCAGAGCUCCUAUUAUCCUGCCUCCUCAGACUGUCUUUGGUAAACACAGCCGGACGAAGCUGGGUGAUUGAACAUGGGAAGGCCGUGAAGAUUCUGCUAGACUUGCUUCAUAGUGUACCUGACGCUGGCUGGUUAAGUAUGGACACAAACUUUGAGUAUACGGUAACGGUGUGGAAGUGCUUGAAUCUCUUGACAACAGGCGCUCCCUGGUGGGAAUCGAAGAGCAAAGUAUAUGCGAAAAACAUACUCAGUCUUUCCAAGUGUUUCUUUACUCUCCCAACAGCAUUUUCGCUUCUUCGAGCGGCAGUGCGUGUGGAGUUAAGGCCAGCUGAUAUUUUUUCAGCAAUUGAUCUCCUUUUAACACCCUUAGAACGGCUCCAUGGAUUUGCAACUUCUGAGAACAUAAAUGCAUUUACACCCACACCAUUCAACUUUCCUGUUUUUCCUUCUUUAAUAAAUCACGAUUUCACGAGACCAUAUGAAUUUGCAAACUUAAGGAUAUUAUUCAUAUCCUGGAUAAAUUCAGAUGCACCGCAUCGUAACUUAGUACAAUUCAGCAGUCCAUGGAGUAUUAGCAUGGUUUUACAGCACCCGGAGGCGUUCAAUCGAUUGAAGUCACAUCCGGAGAGUGCUGCCAGAAUCGCAUUGGCAUAUAUCUUCAACGAAGUACAAUUGGGAGGGAAAGGUUUUAAACCAAGUACAGAUAUGAGGGCCGUCCAGCUUUUGAAGAUAUUUAUAACCUAUAAACGUAGAGCUCGACUCAAUAUCAUCUCGACUCCUUUGAAUCGGGUAGAGCUCAGUCCUGAGGCGUGCAUAACGAUGAAUGCUGAAUGGGUUCUUCCAUGGUUGUGGCAAAGAAGAACUACUGAUAUAGAUUUCGUGAUGGCUAUGACAAGUACGUGGAUGAUGGCAGAAGAAGAAGAAGAAGAAGAAAAGAAGCUAGAUAUGAAGCAUCCUGUGCUUAUGCUUCUCAAGAAAAAUCCCAUCGGUCUUGAGGUGCUCAGUUAUUUAUUCAAGUUUUUCUUUGUGUACGAGGAUAGUUUCGAUUCGACUGCUAUAAGUAAAAUCAUCCGAUGUUUUACAGGCUCAGUGGAGCAGAAUUGGAUACCGAUUUCUUGCUGGGAAUCGGUUUGCAUGCUACUCGCAAAGAUCCCUAAGCUUGUUCUAGAAGAUGCAUUUACAAAUAUUGCCAAUGGGAUGGGCAAGAUAGAUAUGUUUAUACAAGUGUUCCUUCGAGAUAUUGAAUCGAUAAUGAGUCUCUGCCAGAGUAAUUUGGAGCUUGACUUUCCUGUCAGAAAACUCGCAAAUCAGUUUGGGACUUUAACGGCCAUGUUACAAUUUAUGAUUCUCCUGGGAAGGGUUAACAACGAGAUUCGUCAUUCUUUAGCAGUAAAAACACACUUCGUCCUGUCGAUGCUGAGCUACGUCAGUCACGAUUAUGUAUCCGUAUUAUUAAAAUCCUCUCACCCUGAGCUGAUUUGGAGGCAUGCAGCGUCUGUCGGUGCUGCAUGUGAAAUUCUCAUCAUAACUGGAUUUGACAUGGAUGCGGAUGUAUCGCUGGCUGAAAGCAUCAGAGAUAGUAUCAAUAUCUCCACCGGAGGAAUGACCGAGCAGACGAAGAACCAAGAGAUUUUGAAACUUAUUUCAAAACUUGUACGACAUGCUUAUGAUAUGUCAUAUAUAAUAUCACCGCUUUGCGAGCUGGCGGCGAUGCUCAGUACGAGUUGGUGGAUAAAAAGACCGUUCGUAUAUUUCGAGCUUUUCGGAUAUAUCCGAAGGCUUUUAUUGAAAAAUGGAACCCAUCAAUGGUGUUAUCUAGCGCCCGUAUUGGUUCAUGCAAUUGAAGCACUUCUGAAGGUCAAUGCCUCGAUACGUCAAAUAUUGGUCGAAAAUCGGUGGAAUCUAGAGCUCGCAGUAGCCAUGAUCACUCGCAUCAAGGAUGGUAACGUGUGCUGUGAGGAAUGCGAUGUGAAUUUCGAGGCGCCAAUCUUAAAGCUGGUGAUGUUAUUGGUUGAGAGACGCCCGAGAUGGUAUAGAGACCUACUCGUGGAAAGAGCAUUGGGACAGUACUCUAUACUUACCAUUGAUAUCAUUGUUGUGAUUUUUGAAAAGCAGCUGGAACAAACUAAUCCAUCAACGCAGAUUGGGGAGGACCAAAUAGCAUUGGGGGGAAUGGUGUUGAGAAUUGCCAAUGUAUUCCCGGAAUGGGAAACGAAGGCAGAAUUGACGGCUAUGAAAAGAGGGUUGGAAAAAGCCAUUAUCUCAUUUGACGAGAGGAAAAGGUGUCCUCCUAAAAAGGGCGUUUGCGAGUUUUUUCGACCGGUGGAGGAGGGGUCUCUUUGCUUGGUCCCGAACUAUGAAAUUGGUGAGAAGUUGACGCCCGAAAUUGUAGAUCAACAUUACUUGUAA